AUGUCGAAGAGCAUCGAAAUUGCACAGAUUGUAAGUGCACGCCAUUCUUCCAGCAGAAGAAGAACGAAAGGCAGUGGAUAUUUCAACGUGCUGGACGCAAUGGGUAAAGUACCAUCAGGAAUCACAGGCGGAAACAAUCUCUGGGUUGGAUCAUGGCAUACUUGCAGGAAAAUCCAUGUCGUUAAAAACAAUCAAGGCCAAAAAUGGAAUGGCCAAUAUUGUAUGGCACAUUUGGAAGCCUACGAGCGGAACAAUCCAUUGAAAGCUCUUCAAGCAAGUGGACCAGUCGACUCUCACUGCUUCCACAAGGCAAAUUCGAGUGUAGAGGAAGAAGACGAUGGCCGGUGUUUCACGCUUGUUCCGAUGCUUAAUUUCGGAGUUUGUAUGCCAGAUACUUGUACGGACUAUGACGUCACUCGAAUGAUCACUUUCGCUGUUCGCCUAGCCGAAAGCGCAGCUGGUAGGGAAGCCGUUUGCAACGUGAAUGUCGAAUGUCGUCACGAAAGUAAGGAGAAUGCGAUGAGCAACAGCUGGAUGGCGAUGGCAGCGCUGUACUUUUUAACGUUCACGCUGAUCAUGAUGGUGUUCGGAACUCUUUAUGACCUGUUCAUCCAUCAACCAGAGCUUGACGUCCUGCCAGCUUCGGAGCGGCGAACAAACCGUUAG